GAUUGUUCUUUGUCCGGUCUAGAAUGAUGUAGACAUACAUUGUGAUACGUAGGCAUACAAAAGAUGAGAGGAAGACCAGGGGUGGACUGACAAGUUAUGGGGCCCCCGGGCAAUAAGAGAUCAUGGGGCCCCUGUGUCCUCGCCCACACUCAAAGGACACCCAAAAAAGCGUAUAAAAGGUACCAGGGGCAUCUCAUGGGGCCCCCUACUGACCCCGGGCCCUCGGGCAGUGCCCCAGUUUCCAAA